AUGGCUGCUCCGCUCUUUGAUUGUUUGAUUGUCGGCGGGGGUCCCGCUGGCCUGGCUGCUGCCCUCGGUCUCUGUCGCGCGAUCCGCACGGCGGUUGUCUUUGACUCCAAGAGUUACCGCAACCCGACUGAGCAUAUGCACAAUGUGUCCACCUGGGAUCAUGCCAAUCCCCAUGACUACCGGCUCGCCGCGCGCAAAGAGCUGACCGAGGGCCGAUACAACACCGUGACGCUGGCCGACGUGGCCUUGCGCAAGAUCUGGAAGCUCGACUCCGGUGAGUUCGAGGCCACCGAUGCUGUGGGCAAGGUCUGGAAGGGGCGGAAAUUAAUCCUGGCCACCGGGGUGAAGGAUGAGAUCCCGGAGCUGCCAGGAUAUGCCGACUGCUGGCCCAAGUCAAUCUACCACUGCCUCUUCUGCCACGGAUUCGAAGAGCGCGGUGCCCCAUCUGUCGGCGUCCUGGCCAUUGGCCCAGUCGCCAACCCCAAACCCGCCGAACAUCUCUCGCGACUCGCCCACAACCUCGCCAAGACUGUCACCAUCUAUACCAAUGGCAACGAGGAGCUCGCAGCGCAGCUCCGCCCCUCGAUCGAGAAGGACCAAUGGUUGACCCUGGACAACCGGGUCAUCAAGCAACUCCAUAAGACCGAUGGCAUUCCCGUCCGGGUGGAGCUGGACGAUGGCACUACGAAGGAGGAAGGCUUCUUGGUUCAUGCCAUGAAGACGACGCCGCGCCUGGACUUCGAGCAUAACCUGAACUUGGAGCUCUCGGCGCAGGGCACGGAAUUCGUGGCGAGUCCCCCCUUCAGUGAGACGACCACACCAGGCUGCUUCGCCACGGGCGACUGCGGUAUGGCCAUCAAGGCGGCCAGCAUGUCCAUGAGUAAUGGAUCGCUGGCGGCGGUGGGUGUGGUCUCGCAGCUGGCGUUUGAUGAGAAGGCGAAAUAA